AUAGCUGUCAGUCAAUGUUGUUUAUCGGGGGCUUAUUUUUUGUUGUUGUUUUAACACAAAAUUAAUUAGAAUAAUGUAUUAAUUGUAUAUAUAAUAAGCUAAAUAUUAAUAGCCAACAUGACUGGUCUGAAAGUUUGUCGAAUAUGUCUGUGCAAAGGCGUCAAAAUGUAUAGUUAUGAUAGUUAUUUUCUGAAGCAGUAUUAUGAAGAAGUUAUGGCUAAAAAGAUAAAUGCUGAAGAUGGUUUACCACACCACUUCUGCUACUUAUGUGCCUCAAUGCUACAUAAAAUACACAAGUUCAAAGAGAAAUGCUACACUGGUGAGAUGGCACUCAACAAACUGCUGUGCAGUGGAAAUUUAAACUUAACAAAAAUAUCACAAAUUACCAGCCAAAAUAAAACAUUUCAAUCAAACAUAGACUUAGUAAAAGUUAACAAAAGAGUUAGGACAUGUAUUGUUAAAAGCAAAACUAUGUUCGAACCAGACAGUAGUGAAGAAUCAAGCCAUUUAAAAAUACCAGAAAUUGAUAUAAUGUCUAUGGAUGUUGAUAACUCUUUAGAUGAUAGAAAUCUUGUUGAAGUUAAAAGUGAAAUAAUUGACAAUAACAUUACAAAUACAGACUCCAUUCAAAGUGAAAAGAUGAAUAUAGAAGAGAAAAUUAUGCCAAAUUUAAUAUAUGCUGUUGAUGGAGAUAUAUUCAUACCAGAAGUGGCCAAUAAUGAUGAUGAUGAUGACAGAACUACUGAUGCUGAUGAUUUUAAUCCAACAUCCAAUGUCACAAAUUGUAAUAAAGAACAAAUGAACAAAACAAUAGCCAACGAAAACAUUAAAUUGACUAAAGAAUCAUCAAAUAAUGAUAAUGAAAAACAAGAAGUAAAAAGUAGUAAAGUAAAUGGAAAAAAGCCAAAAAGUUUCGAAGUAAAAUCUUACCAGAAUCUAGAUCCAAAGCAUUGGCUGAAAAUAGUUCUAAAUGAAGAAGAGGCAUUGCAGUACUUCAAGGAUAGAGCACAGGAUCCCAAGUAUUUGAAAGCUGCCUUCAAAUGCACUCUCUGUUUAAAAGGCUUUUCAAAAGAAGAUACGAUUAAAAGACAUCAAAUAAGACAUUGUGAGUCUCUAGGGCCAAUCGAAUGUCGUUUCUGCAAGAUGCGCUUCAAAAGAAAGUGUAUGCUAACUAUACAUAUAGCAAGUCAUUACCAUAAGUACAAAUGUCUUCGUUGUGGUGUUUUAUGUCCUUUAUUCGGCACAGCAGUAUUUCACGACCAAUAUCAUAAUGGCGUUGUAAGAACCUGUAAGUUUUGCGGAGAACAAUUUCACCACUCGUCAACGUAUUACACACACUUGCGCACUUUUCACCGAAGUGAGCAUGUGUGCACUGUCUGCGGAGACUCCUUCUUGAGCGAACACGGACUUAAGAAGCACAAGAAUUUUAAACACCGUGAUACUGUUAUUGAUCCUGUAGAAGAUAAGAAUACUUACUGCGAAAAAUGUGACAUAAAGUUUGAGACGAGGACGGCUUACGAUCAACAUAAAUUCCACUCCGCCAAACAUGCUGAAGAAUUCGAGAGGCUUCAAGGUCAUAUAAAGGGACGGAGAAAAUAUAUUCGGAGAAACCAGCCGACCACUUGUAGUUCAUGCAACAAAACGUUCCCGUCUUUAAAUGCGUACAAGAGGCACUGUAAGACAGAACACAAGCAUCAGCCACGGCCGCCCCAGGAGAACGAGAGACGAAUCUGUGAGAUCUGCGGAGUUUCUAUAACCGCGUCUGGCGUGGCGAGUCAUUUGAACACUCACACGCGAGAGAUCAAAUACCCGUGUCCAACGUGCGGCAUGGAGUUCACCAUGAAAGCGAGCAUGCAACGACAUCAACUGACGCAUACAGGAGAGAAGCCAUACGGAUGCACGUUAUGCGACAAGCGCUUCACGCAGAGCAACAGUAUGAAGCUACACUACCGCACCUUCCAUCUCAAGGAGCCCUAUCCUAAGAGAAACAGAAGGAAAAACACAACUGCCAAAGACCAAGAUGAGUAUAGAGCCAACGAAGAUUCCGAUGAAGUCAUUCUAAAAGGCUAUCAUUUGAAUGUGUAGUGUGAUUUGUAACCAAAAUAAUAAACUUGUUCAAUAGUUAAUC